UCUACCUUUCCUUCUCCUUUCUCAAUCACCGUCCUGGUAUUGCAGAGAAAGGAUUUUAGGGCUUUUUUUUUUGUUUGUUCGGAUAAAAUCUGAGAAGAAAUGGAGAUUACUGAGAAGAAGGAACACCAAAACAACAACGACAACAACAGUUCACUAUCUUCGGUUGAUUCUACGUCAGCUACUUCUGAUAAUAACAAUAACAACAAAGAAGCCGAAGAACGCCAAGCUCGUGAACUUAAGGCCGGUUUACAUCCUCUCAAGAACAAGUUUGUGUUCUGGUACACUCGCCGUACUCCUGGAGUUCGAACUCAAACAUCUUAUGAAGACAAUAUAAAGAAAAUCGUGGAAUUCAGUACUGUUGAAGGUUUUUGGGUUUGCUACUGUCACUUGGCUCGUCCUUCUUCUUUGCCAAGCCCAACGGAUUUGCAUCUUUUCAAGGAGGGGAUCCGCCCUUUGUGGGAGGAUUCUGCCAACUGCAAUGGUGGGAAGUGGAUAAUAAGGUUCAAAAAGGUUGUUUCAGGACGUUUCUGGGAGGAUCUGGUUCUUGCCUUAGUGGGCGACCAACUGGAUGAUGGCGAUAACAUAUGUGGUGCAGUACUAAGUAUUCGUUUCAACGAGGAUAUAUUAAGUGUAUGGAACCGCAAUGCAUCUGAUCAUCAGGCUGUGAUGAACCUAAGAGAUGCAAUCAAACGGCACUUGAAGCUGCCUCAUGGUUACGUUAUGGAGUACAAGGCCCAUGAUGCUUCUCUGCGUGAUAACUCUUCGUACAGAAACACAUGGUUGAGAGGAUAGGCGGAUCGCAAAAGCAAGAUGUGGAAGUUAGGAAGUUGGUAUGGAAAUUCAUUCCUAAUUGGGGAUAAACCUUCUGGGUGGAACUGUUACAGUUACUGUUUUAACUUCGUGUUAGUUUUACAGAUGAAAUGCUGCGUUUUAUAUUUUGGAUCU